GUGAUACUGAGUAAAUUAUUUAACCUCUCUGAACCUCAAUUUUCCACAACAUAAGACAAAGAAAAUAUACUCAGCUUAUGAGAAUUAAAUGAGAGAACAUAAAGUCAACCAAUACAGGGCUUAGCAUAUUUGUCACCCCUUCAGUAAAUAAUCAUGGCUGUGUUAUCAGAGCUCUUAACAAGGAAAGUGGCAAGUGGGAAGCAGAAUUUCCGGUGGGGAUCCCUGGGCCAGCCAGCCUUACAACAUGAACUUGGACAAGUCAUUUUCCGCAUCACUGUGAGAUAGUGCAGGGAUGCACCACAAGGAUAUGGCAGGAUGGCUGACAAGAGAUUGGGAAGUGAGUUAGGAGGAAAGCUGGCUGGAUGACUGCUGUGAGAGGCGUCAUCUCCGUGCUUGCUCUGUGAUGUUUCAGUCCCAGGAAGACAAGCGCCAUGUCUCUGAGCAGUGCCUUUCAGGCUGUGGGCAACGACCCUGGGAUCAUCACCUGGAGAAUAGAGAAAAUGGAGCUGGCGCUGGUGCCCCUGAAUGCCCACGGCACCUUCUAUGAGGGGGACUGCUACAUCAUCCUCUCGACCCGGAGAGUGGGCAGCAUCCUCUCCCAGGACAUCCACUUCUGGAUUGGGAAGGACUCCUCGCAGGAUGAGAAGAGCUGCGCAGCCAUCUACACUACGCAGCUGGAUGACUACCUGGGGGGCAGCCCCGUGCAGCACCGGGAGGUCCAGUGCCACGAGUCCGACACCUUCCGCGGCUACUUCAAGCAGGGCAUCAUCUACAAGAAGGGGGGUGUGGCCUCCGGGAUGAAGCACGUGGAGACCAAUACCUACGAUGUGAAGCGGCUGCUGCACGUGAAGGGGAAGAGAAACAUCAGGGCCACCGAGGUGGAAAUGAGCUGGGACAGUUUUAACCGAGGUGAUGUCUUCCUGCUGGACCUUGGGAAGGUCAUCAUCCAGUGGAAUGGCCCAGAGAGCAGCAGCAGGGAGCGUCUGAAGGCUAUGCUCCUGGCAAAGCAUAUUCGGGACAGGGAGCGAGGGGGCCGUGCUGAAAUAGGAGUGAUCGAGGGAGACAAGGAGGCGGCCAGUCCAGAGCUGAUGAAGGUCCUUCAGGACACCCUCGGCCGGCACUCCAUUAUCAAGCCUGCGGUCCCCGAUGAGAUCACAGAUCAGCAGCAGAAAUCAAAUAUCACGCUGUAUCAUGUCUCAGACUCAGCUGGGCAGCUGGUGGUCACAGAUGUAGCAACGAGGCCUCUGGUCCAGGGCUUACUGAACCAUGAUGACUGCUACAUCCUGGACCAAAAUGGAACCAAGAUCUAUGUGUGGAAAGGAAGAGGAGCCACAAAGGUUGAGAAACAGAUGGCCAUGUCUAAAGCUCUGAACUUCAUCAAGAUGAAGGGCUACCCCAGCAGUACCAACGUGGAGACUGUCAGUGACGGUGCCGAGUCAGCCAUGUUCAAGCAGCUGUUCCAGAAGUGGUCAGUGAAGGAACAGACUGUGGGUCUGGGGAAAACGUUCAGCAUUGGUAAAAUCGCUAACGUUUUCCAGGAUAAAUUUGAUGUGACUCUGCUGCACACCAAACCAGAGGUGGCAGCCCAGGAAAGAAUGGUCGACGACGGCAAUGGCAACGUUGAGGUCUGGAGAAUUGAAAACCUGGAGCUGGUCCCCGUGGAGCAUGAGUGGUAUGGCUUCUUUUAUGGGGGAGACUGCUAUCUGGUUCUCUAUACGUACGAGAUGCACGGGAAGCCGCACUACAUCUUGUACAUCUGGCAGGGCCGUCACGCCUCACAGGAUGAGCUGGCAGCCUCGGCACACCAGGCGGUGGAGGUGGACCGGCAGUUUGAUGGGGCCCCUGUGCAGGUUCGGGUUACCAUGGGGAAGGAGCCACGCCACUUCAUGGCCAUCUUCAAAGGAAAGCUGGUUAUCUUUGAGGGUGGGACUUCCAGGAAGGGAAAUGCCGAGCCCGAUCCUCCGGUAAGGCUCUUCCAGAUUCAAGGAAAUGACAAAUCUAACACCAAAGCGGUGGAGGUUCCAGCCUUCACCUCCUCCCUAAACUCCAAUGAUGUCUUUCUGCUGCGGACCCAGGCAGAGCACUACCUGUGGUAUGGCAAGGGGUCUAGUGGAGAUGAGCGGGCCAUGGCUAAGGAGCUGGCGGGGCUUCUCUGUGAUGGCACCGAGAACACAGUGGCUGAGGGCCAGGAGCCAGCUGAGUUCUGGGACCUGCUGGGAGGAAAAACUCCCUAUGCCAAUGACAAAAGACUACAGCAGGAAAUCCUAGAUGUCCAGUCCCGUCUCUUUGAAUGUUCCAAUAAGACUGGCCGGUUCAUUGUUACUGAGAUCACAGACUUCACCCAGGAUGACCUGAACCCAGAUGACGUGAUGCUCCUGGAUACCUGGGACCAGGUGUUCUUGUGGAUUGGGGCUGAGGCCAACGCCACAGAGAAGGAGAGCGCUCUUGCUACCGCCCAGGAGUACCUGCACACUCACCCCAGCGGCCGCGACACCGGCACACCAAUCCUGAUCAUUAAACAGGGGUCUGAGCCUCCCAUAUUCACAGGCUGGUUCUUGGCCUGGGACCCUCACAUUUGGAGCGCAGGGAAAUCAUAUGAACAGUUAAAAGAAGAGCUGGGAGAUGCUGCUGCUAUCACGAGAAUCACUGCUGAUAUGAGGGACACAACCCUCUCCCUAAAUUCUGAGCCAAAAUAUUACCCCGUAGAAGUUCUGUUGAAAAAUCAGAGUCAGGAGUUGCCUGAGGAUGUGAACCCUGCCAAAAAGGAGAAUUACCUCUCUGAACAGGACUUUGUUUCUGUGUUUGGCAUCACAAGAGGGCAAUUUGCUGCUCUGCCUGGCUGGAAACAGCUCCAGAUGAAGAAAGAAAAGGGGCUUUUCUGAGGCAAGAAGGCAUAUCUGCCCACUGCAAGACCCCAGAAGAAAGCAGAUAGUGCCAGUACCAGGAAAGAAUUUCUCUACUAAUCUCUGCCUAACAUCCAGCUACUUAAUGUUGAUACAGUAGGCACUGCAAAUCACAGCAUGUUCUCCAUUUUUCUCAUCCCUGUGUUCCUUAGUUAUUAUAUACCUAAAAUGUUAGCUACCCACUUUUUAAUUUUUGUGGCCUCAGCAGAAAGCACUAAAACUGCAGGAAUCUGGAGAAGUCAAAAGUAAGAGAACAAAAAAACUAAGUUUAAAGUGUUUAACAUUGGGGCAAGGGCCUAAGUUUGUUUUAAAUCUUAAGAUCGGUAUUUCCUAUUUAACCCACAAAUCACUGAAGUUAUUCACAUAUACACCCUGAAGUCAAAAUCUAAAUGCUCAGAACUGUAUGUGCCAGAGAUUUUUAAAUUUUCAAAUAAAGAUACCUGUAA